CGCCACAGCAGUUAGAAGAAGAAGAAACAGGAUGCUCUUCACGUGAGCGUCUUUGGUACAAAUUAUGUCCUUCUGGAGCAUAUAGCUGGGACAUCCAUUAUUGAGCAAUGGCUACGGCACAGCCCCGCCAGAACUACCCUGAAGAAUGUGAGAACCUCAUCAACAAGCAAAUCAAUAUGGAACUGUACGCUAACUACGUCUACCUCUCCAUGGCCUACUACUUUGACAGGGACGACGUGGCUCUACCAGGACUCUUCGAGUUUUUCAAGAACAGCUCGGACGAAGAGGUCGGACACGCGGAGAAAUUUAUGCGGUACCAGAACAUGCGUGGUGGUCGCAUUGUGCUGUAUCCCAUUGAGAAGCCUGCCCAAGAUGAUUGGGAAUCUCCGUUACACGCGAUCCAGGCAUCCUUGGCGCUUGAGAAGAAGGUAAACCAGGCACUCCUGGAUCUCUACGAUACGGCGUUACGUUUGGGUGACGCGCAGCUGUGCGACUUUCUGCAGGUAGAAUAUCUCAAUGGUCAAGUAAGAGACAUCAAGGAAUUGUCAGACUACGUUACGAACUUGGAGCGCGUGGGCACCGGCCUAGGUGAAUUUAUCUUCGACAGGAACGCAUUUUCACUGAAAGGGACCGGUCAAACUGAAGACUAAAUGGAAGCAUUCUCAAUGCUGUGCUGCAUCGAGUACGCGCCGGUGACUGUAAAUCGCGGCGUAAUCGAGAAUAAACUCUAGUACAACUGCA